GUACUAUCCCCUCCCUCCCUGACCUCCGCUUCCCCUCGGCUUUUCUGCAUGGCGGGUUGAUCCACCAUACACCCCGCCUUCUCCGCCGCGCACUCGUCCGCGCCGCUUGGAUCCCUCACUCGCCACGUCUGCUCGUCACUCUUUUCUGCCGUUCCUUUCCUCCGUGAUCCGCUAUAAUCACGCUCGCUCUAUAACCAGCACUCACCAUGCUGGCUCACAUUCUUUCGCCGUCCCCCACUUUCGCUAUAGUCCCCAAUGGUAUCGCUCUUCCGCCACUCUCCGCAUCACAUGCGCCCGCGCGCCCCUCAAAGCCCGCAUUUUUGCUUCCGCGCAUGGCGCCCGCACAAGCGUUGCGCCCAGGCUCCCCGCGGAAGCUAGCUUUCCGCCAAACCCGCGCCAGCGCAAGCGGGAAGCAGCCAGAGGGGGCAGCGGCGGGAUCGGCGGAAGCCGCAGGGGCGGGCGCGGAGGCGAAUAAGCUGGCGGAGGCUCCGCCGCAGCCGGGGGCGACGGGCGCGGCGGAGGCGGGCGCAAAGCCAGCCGGGGAAGCGGUAGCGGCGGAAGGGGAGGGGGGGCAGUUUCUGGGGCAGGCAACAACCGCGGGGAUCUUCCUCCUGUGGGCGGGACUGAUAGGCUAUGGCGCGAUGUUUGCGCCCAAUCAGACUCCAUUCCGCGACCAGUACUUUCUCGAGAAGCUGCUCAACUUGAGGGCGGACGACGGGUUCGUGAUGAACCAGGUGCUCGUGUCGCUGUGGAACCUCAUGGGCGUGCUGCCCGGCGUGUACGCGGCUACUCUUGUCCCUGCCUCUCGCACCAACCGCACCACCAUCCCUGCGUGGCCGUUUCUCCUCGCCUCGUUCUUUGCUGGGGCCUUCGCCCUUCUGCCCUUCUUUGCGCUCUGGGCGCCUGGGGUCCCCACCGUGCCCACCCAGGAGGAGCGGGGGAAAGUGGGGCUUCGCGUGUUGGAGUCUAAGAUCACCAGUGCGUUGUUGCUGCUGGCAGCGUCUGGAUUGGUGGUCAGUGCAGCAACGGCGCCGUCUUCUGAUUGGCUGGAGUUCGCACAGUACCUGCAGGAGAGCCUCAUGAUCCAUGUGACCUCCAUGGACUUUGUCCUGCUCAACAUGUUCCUGCCCUUCUGGCUCUUCAACGACAUGGCAUACAGAAACUGGGCGCCUAGAGACUCAUGGGGUGUUGCUCUCCCCUUCAUCCCCGUUAUAGGCCCUGCCCUCUACCUUGUAGUGAGGCCAGGGCUGCCCCCACCACCAGCUACACCUGCUGCAGAAGCUGAGUCUUCCAAAUCCGAUUAAAUCACUUAUCGCGGGUUUUCUAGGGUUGCGCAUCCCGCAAUGUUACACAAAUCAGUGCCACGAACUUCAUGUACCAUGGUAUGCAACUAAGGUUAUGAUGUAAGCAAAAGGUGGCUGGUUGAAAAGCAGCCUGGAACCUUCAGUCCCUGAGAAGCCUGGCUUUCACGAUGACACGUGAGUGAAGGUUACAGAAACGAAGCUCUGCCCCCAUACAGUCAGCCUCGACACCUUCUUGUAAACCUUGACAUUGAAAUCCGAC